AUGGCGUUUCGCGAGGGUUGGUUAAUAACAGAUUUAAUAAAAAUUCUUGGUUAUCUUUUCGUGGGAAAAGUCACAAAAUGGUACGAUACUUAUAGUAGGCAUUGGACAGAUUAUGGCCAUUUUAAGCGGGAAUUUUUACGAGCGUUCGGCUCACAUAAAACAGAUACGCAAUUGUUAAUGGAAAUUGGUCAGUUAAGACCAGAAGCCGGUGAAUCUUCAACCGACUUUGUAUUCCGAGUACAACAGAAAUACGGUGAAAUGCGUAACCCUCCUCCCGAAUCAGAACAGGUGACGUGUAUACGUAACCAUUUACCUAGAAGCUUAUCAACGUUGGUAUUUUCUAGGCUAGUAAAUAAUUACGAUGACCUGUUAUCGGUAUUACACGAGGCUGCUGUAUUAUUAGAGGAGAAUAAACGCACGUUUGAGUCAUCCGAAAAGUCGAACUCCAAAACGAAAGAAAAAUCGCGUUUCUCAGCAGUACAUACGUCACCGCGUAACUCUAUUUUGGUUGAUAUGAUGAACGGAAAACAACCACUCAUUAUUGAAGAAAUUCGUGAGGGUGAGGACGGUCAAUUUAUCGUUUGUGCGUCAGCAGCAACGGUGCAACCUCCUCAACAAAAUUUUUCAUCCUAUCGUCCUCAGAAUAAUAGGGCGCGAAAUUCAAAUAACGCGAGUAACAACGGUAGUUUCAACGUCACACCGCGCUCGUAUAGUGAAGCUACUGCUGGUAGAAACUUAGACCAAGAUUUCUGUCACAAUUGUGGACAAAAUGGUCACACAUUUGAGCAGUGUAAUAACAUUAGAGUUGAUGUCUGCAAUUUUUGUCUUAGAGCAGGUCAUAUUAAACAAAACUGCUUUCAAGCAAACGGUGGUCCACCCAACAAUGGAUCAAACCCGAAUUUUAUCCCGGGUAAUUUUAGAGUAAAUGAUAACCGCAAUGAUAGCGGUAAUCAGUUUCAUGAUAAUAAUCGGGCAAUUUCUAAUUCUCAAGGCGAAAAUAAUGUAAAUAAUAAUCGUAAUAAUAACCACUCUAAUUGCGUCGAAGUUCAGUCGACCAGUGCUGGCGAUGCCAGUUACCCUCAGUCGUCAAAAAACUAA